AUGGCAGCCACGACCUCACUCCAUAGACCACCAUGCUCAUCACUUCGGCCACCACUAGCCCCACCACCGGCCUCCAGGCGUGACCACCCAAAGUGGUUUGAAACUACGGCUGAAACCAAUGAGGAAGGAAAGUGGUUCCAAAUUCCUCCCUAUCUAAAUACCAAUGGUAAAAAAGCUCAACCAGGAAAGCAAGUAAGUUUCCACUACAUUGGCAAGCUAAAGAAUAAUGGUAAACAGUUCGACUCAAACGUGGGAAGAGCACCAUUUAAGUUCCGCUUAGUUCUUUACACUCUUACUUCCAUUUUGCCAGGCAUGCGUGUUGGGAACAAGAGAAGGCUUACCAUUCCACCAGAGAUGGGUUAUGGACGCAAGGGAGCAGUUGGUGCAAUUCCUCCAAAUUCGUGGCUUGUGUUUGAUGUUGAGUUAAAUGAUGUUCGUUAA